AUGAGUGAUCAUGAUUUUGAAUCCUCAGGUUCUGGAGCAUCAGCCACUUAUCCAAUGCAAUGUUCUGCCCUCAGAAAGAACGGCUUUGUCGUUCUUAAGGGUAGGCCUUGCAAGAUCAUUGAAAUGUCCACGAGCAAGACUGGCAAACAUGGACACGCGAAAGUCCACCUUGUUGGUCUUGAUAUCUUCACUAAUAAGAAACUUGAGGACAUUUCUCCUUCUACUCACAACAUGGAUGUUCCUAAUGUUUCUCGUACUGAAUAUACAGUCAUUGGAUGUGACGAGGAUGGUUACUUGAGUUUGAUGACUUCUGAUGGUAGUACUAAGGAUGACAUUAAAAUUGACCCCGAGCUAGUAAAAGACAAAGACGUAAAGAAAUUUCGUGAAGAAAUUGAAGGCGGUAAAGAAUUUUUGGCUACUGUCGUCAGUGCGAUGGGAGAGGAAGCUGUUUCACAAAUCAGGGACGCUCCUAAUUGUUAG